AUGUCGCUCCCGCAAGCCACGCCGGUGCGGCCGGUGCCGGGCGCGUACCUCAACACGCCGGCCAUCGCCUCGAGGUUUCAGUCGGCGUCCGAUCCCGUGCGACGACAGCUUUUCCCCGUCUCCGAGGGCAGCAACCCGGGCCCUGGCGCCGCCUCUGCCGUGGCCCCAGCCGGCGCGACGGCCCAGACGCCCCCUGCCGCGUCGUCCAUGGCUGUUGGUGUCGGCCCGCCAGAGGCUGGCCUGGUGUCCACGACGCCGCUGCCUGCGCCGCGUGCCGCCAACGUGCCUCCGGUCGUCAAGGCGGCCAAGGCCAUCAAUGCUUUCCUACAGCUCGACGAGACCUUUCCAGACCUCGACUCCUACUGCAGACAAGGCGCUUCGUCCGACUACGAACUCCCCGGCCCCGAAUCCCCCUGGGCCCCCUUUCACAAGACGCAAAUGUACCCGAUCCCCAACCAAGUCUUCGACCACUACAACGCCGGCGAGCUGCAGACCCUCAUGGGCCUGUUUGCCGAAAUCAACCACGCAUGGGUCGUCAUCGACAACUCCCUCUUCCUCUGGGACUACACGCAUCCCGACCCGGAACUCAUUGGCUUCGAGGAUCAGCCUCAUACCAUCCACGCCGUGGCGCUCGUGCCGCCGAAGCCGGGCAUUUUUGUCAACACCAUUACCCACAUCCUCGCCGUGGCCACGUCCUCGGAGAUGAUUCUGCUGGGCGUAUCGACGGCCGACACCACGGCGGGCACGAAAUCCGUCGCCCUGUACCAGACCAAGAUGAAUUUGCCCCUGCGCGGCGCGGACGUGCGCGUCAUUUCCGGAUCUGCAGACGGCCGAAUCUUCUUUGGCGGCAGCAGCGACAUCGAUAUCAACGAGCUCUACUACCAGUCCGAGGAGAAGUGGUUCUCGAAUCGGUGCGGCAAGAUCAACCACACAAACCCUGGCUGGUCGUCUGUUGUCUCGCUGCAGUCGGGCUUCUGGUCCCAUAGGGCGCCAGAGCACCUGGUGGACAUUGCCAUCGACGACACGCGAAAGCUCGUCUACACGCUCUCGAGCAAGUCGACCAUUCGCACCUAUCACAUGGAAGCCCCUGACCGUCUCAACAAGGUCAUUGAAAAGGAAAAGGUGCACUGCCUCCGCGACAUUGCUCACAUGAUCAACCAGUCGAAGCUCUUAAACGACCGCAUCAACAUUGUCUCCAUCAGCCCCAUCUCAAAACAAGAGGCGUCGAAGCUGCAUCUGAUGGCCCUGACCGACACCGGCUGCCGCCUGUUCUUCAGCGCGACCAGCGCCUCGUCCUAUCUCUACGGGUCGCAAUCCAACAUGGCGCCCCAGAGCAUGCAGGUCCAGUUCAUCAAGUUCCCUCCCAGCCAGAACCCCCGCCGGUCUGGCCACUUUGCGUCGGGGCAGUCGAGCAGCGAAUCCGUCAUCGAUCUGGACUCGACAAUGCUGCUGUCGAGCAGGCGAGGCGCCCGCUUCGCGCCGGGCUAUUUCCUGGACUUUGUGAGCAGUAGCGACAACGCCAACGCCGACACGCUCUUUGUCUCCGGGCCCGAGUCGGGGCGGAUAAAACGGACCUCGCCCACCACGCCGCUGCGGUACUUUGAGCAAGCCAGCUGGAUCGACAUUGGGAGCCGCGCCGAGGCUGUGGGCCUCAUCACGAGACCGUUUGCCGCCGCCCCCCAGCCGCUGGGGUUCGGCAACGAGCUGGCGGUGCAGUUUGACGAGCCGCCCAGCGAGUUUGCCGUCCUCACCAACACGGGCGUCCACGUGAUUCGGAGACGCCGGCUGGUGGAUACCUUUGCCGCGGCCAUCCGGGACGCUCCUGGCGAUGAGGCGCUGGAUCCCAUCACGCGCCGUCUGAUUCAGCUCUACGGCCGUGUCGAGACGGUGUCGGCGGCCCUGGCGGUGGCUUGCGGCCACGGCGGAGACGCGCGGCCCGGUGCGGCGCGGGCGAUAGACCAGGCGACCGAGGACCGAGCCAGGGGGCUCUUUGUCGACUUCGGCGGCCAGCCCACCAUAACCGAGACGGACGGCACUGCCUUGACGACCGACUCGGUGAGACUGUCGUCGCGUCACGACGCCCUGGCCCUCUACCUGUCGCGUCUCAUCCGCAAGUUGUGGAAGGCACCCGUCAUCAAGUCGGGUGUCUCGCCGGCGGGUGGCAUCGUCAUCGACUCGGCCGUCCCGCUGCCCAAGCUUGUCGCCACGCAGGAGAACCUCGAGCGCCUGAGGAAGUUUAUCGAAUCGAACCGCGGGCUCAUCCAGGGCAUGUCGGGGCCGUCGGACCUGCAACGGGUCUCGAGCCGGCAGGAGGAGGUGGCGUUGCAGGCGGAGCACCAGGCGCUCCACGCGCUACAGAAGCUGAUGGAGAGCAUUUCCGAGGGCAUCUCGUUCGUGCUUAUGAUGUUUGAUGAGCGUGCGACCGACAUCUUCACCCGGCUCGACGACACGGCGCGACAGCACCUAAAGGACCUUCGGUACGAGAAGCUAUUUUCGCAGCCAGACGGCAAAGACCUUGCCAAGGUGCUGGUCAAGGCCAUUGUCAACCGCAACAUCGAGAGCGGCUCCAACGUGGAAACCGUAGCAGACGCCUUGCGGAGAAGAUGCGGCAGCUUCUGCAGUCCGGACGAUGUCGUCAUUUUCAAGGCCCAGGAGCAACUCAAGCGGGCGUCGGAGCAGCCGCUCAAUAGCAACUUGUCGAGAAGCCUCUUGCACGAGAGCCUAAAGCUCUUUGAAAAGGUGGCUGGCAGCCUCACGCCCGCGAACUUGCAGACUGCCGUCAUCCAGUACGUCGAUCUGAAGUACUACGCCGGUGCCGUGCGGCUGUGCCUCGUCGUCGCCCGCGAGAGGGACCGGGGCAACACGGCGCUCAUGUGGGUCAACGACGGCAAGCCGGUCAACGACCCCCGGGCCAGCGCCUUUAACGAGCGGAGACGGUGCUACGACUUGAUCCACGACGCGCUGCAGCACCUCGACACGGCGUCGAGCAAGGAGCCCGAGAUGGUGGACGGCAAGCUGACCUUGAUUGCGACCAAGCGGCUCGAGGCGUACGAGGUGGUCAACGGGUCCGACGAUGAGGUCUUUCACUUUGACCUGUACGAGUGGUACAUCCAGCAAGGCUGGACGGACCGCAUCCUGGCCAUCGACUCCCCCCACGUCGUCACGUUUCUCCAGCGCCUGGCCGGCACCAGCGCGGAGCACGCCGACCUGCUGUGCCGCUUCUACACCAACCGGAGCCGAUUCUUUGAUGCCGCCGAGGUCCAGGCCGAGUUGGCGCUGUCCGACUUUGCCCUCGGCAUCAAGGACCGGAUCAGGCUGCUGAGCUUGGCCAAGGCCAACGCCAGCGUGGCAACUGUCGGCGUCAGCCGGCAGCAGCAGCAAAUGCUGAACCACGUCGUCAGCGAGUCGCUCGAGGUUGCCAACAUCCAGGAUGAUCUGCUGGGUCGGUUGAGGAUGGACGAGAGGAUCGACCCCGAGAAGAGAAUCGAAAUUGAGCAGUCACUGGAUGGCAAGAUCUUGGAACUCUCCGAGCUGUUUAACCAGUUUGCGGACAACGCCGGCUACUACGACCUGUGCCUGCUCAUCUACCACACGGCAAACUACCGCAACCCGACGACCAUUGCCGGGACUUGGAGCAACCUGAUUCAGCAGACGCACGACGAAAUCACGUCGAGGCUCGAGGGCCUGGGGCCGGGGAUGCCGUCGCCGCCCAUGCCGUACGAGGCGGUGACGAGCAAGAUCCAGAACAUUGCGCACCACACGUCCCUCGACAGCUUUGCCUUCCCGAUCCAGACGCUGCUCCCGGAGCUGUGCCGCUACGCGGUGGCAUACCAGCAGGACGCCAGCAUCGGAGCGGAUCCGACGUGGCCCGUGCAGCUGUUCCUCGCACUGGGCGUGUCCCACGACAUGAUUCUGCGCGUGCUCGAGGACAUAUUCGACACGCAAGACUACGGGUUCAGCGGCAUGGCGCGCAACCGCAUCAUCGAGAUGAUUGCCUACGUGGUCAGCAGCUGGGUCGGCGAGGUGCGACGGCGCGGCGGGUCGGGCAAGGGCGGGACCAUUGGGCCGUCGGUGGGCGAGCUGCUGGCGCGGUGCGAGUCUGCGCUGCCGCCGCCGGGCCAGGGCAGCAACAACGGGGGCGCGGACCUGGCGGACGUGAGGCGGGUGCUGAGGACGCUGCGGCGAGAGGUUUCCGGGCUGAUGGAGAGGGUAGCGACGGGGAGCCUCCGGUUCAUGUGA